CGAUUCUAGACGUCUUUCCAACGUCUUUCAACCUACUUUGCUCGCUGCUCUGUGGAAUAUACCCGUUCACCGGCACUAUCGGCCCUCAGCUUGGAGAGCAGCCAACAACCACAUCACAAUCGUCACCGCCGUUUCCAUAGCCAUAUUCUUCUGGUUACUCCCGACAUGAAACAUCGUGACUGUCAAAUUUUCAUCAAGUGCGACGGCAAAGUAUUGGACGAACACGAUGUGCAGGUUGAGGACACUGUUAUUAGUUGCUAUAUAGCAAGUGAAGCUGGAAAGGAGUUUACACUUUGGAUCAACAACCCUUCCUCGACCGAUAUCAGCGCCGACAUUAGUGUGGAUGGUCGACCAUUUCCCUAUCCAAGCUUUCUGUCGGCACAUCAAGAGGAUACUGCACUUACAUACAGAGAUAAUGCCAGUGAGAUCCGUGCACUUAUGUUCUCCGACAUCUCCGUUACAGAUGAUGAAAGUGCUGCAAGCAUCCUUCCAGAUGCCAGUCAUCUGGGCUUGGUUCAGGUCCACAUAUGUCGUGUCCAGAUUGGCAAGGACGUCCCUUAUGAGCCACCCGCUGACGUCGCCAAAAACUUUGGGCCUCUGCACGAAAAGACAAAGAAAGGCGGCAUGCAUUGUGUUUCAUUUGGCGCCGUCACGGAAAUUCCGAUCACAACGAAUUCUAUGGCCGUAUUGAUUGACAAGGUGUCUUCACCAUAUGUUACCUUCAAUUUUCGCUACAGACCCCAGGCAAUCCUUCAAGCACAGGGUAUCUUACAGCCCGUUGUGGCCGAGCCCCCACUUGCCAAUCUAGCAUCUGAUAUAUCCGUUCAACGGGAUGCUCCCGGAUGUGCACCGCUUGAAGAUUCCACUCCUCGUUCGACUCGAAGGAGGCCGGCAGGUACCAUCGGAGCAGAGGGACCUCGAAAACGGCCGCGUCAUGGUGGUGCCUCGUCUUCAGUAAGCUCACCGCUGGAGACGACGACGACGAGACAUGCCUCGCCUGUGGUAGAAUCCAAGCCGCUCGUUCUCAAGGAUGAAGAUGUAGACGAUGAGGAUGAACUGAAUGCGCUCCGGGCACAAAUGCGAGCAAUGCAAGGCCGAAUGAAUGUCCUCGAGGGGAGAAGAAGCCACACCGGUCGUACACCGGUCGUCAAGCGGGAGACGUCACCUGUUAAAGCUGCGAAGUUCGAUGGCGAUGUCAUCGACUUGACGGGCGAUUGAGCUUCACUGCUCGUCGCGUGAACGGAUUCGCGAUGGUAUAAUCAUCUGCCACUCAGCAUAUACUCCGCUAAACCAUAAUUCUGGGACUGCCCAUACACAGCCAGCAGGACAAGCUUUUAUUCAGCGUUAUAUACUACUUUUCUCGUGGUAUAGUCAUCUUGAUGGUCAUUCCCCUUACUUGUAUGGUGUUCAAUAAUCUGGUCUGUCAGUAGUGUCGUUCCUGGGGUUCUGGCGUACCGUACCGAUGCAGGCAUGUAAUCUUAUGACUCCUGUGUUAUGUCACCUGCUACACAGAAGUAUUCAGCC